AAAGGCAAGUGGGAUUGCUGAGCCACAGAGCGCCUCCUGCAGGGAUAACAUUUCAUUGCAGACAAAAGCUGCAUCAGCCGCUCCAUUCAUUUCCGUUCAGAGACCCGUGAAAACGGCAGGUGCGUGCAGGUGCGUUGUCCUCUUCUUCUAAAAUAUUCAAAUACUGGCAUUCUUAUAUCAAAAAAAGAAUCCUUAGAGUUUCAAAUACAAUGUGAGAAAGCGCGAGGCAUUGUUUCCAUCAUUGAUUAGGGACGUUCAAAGCGCCGUUAUGUUUCUUUUUGCGCAUCAUGUCCAGCGAGCGCUCAUCUAUUCUCUUCUUCUCUGGAUGAUGAGCACGGUGAUGACGCGAUCCUCUCAAACAGCUGAUCUUAAAUCCAAAAUAUCCGGCGUGGAGGAACUUCUGGAGGAAUUCCGCAAGCAGUUACAACAGGAUGGGUCGGACUCGAGAGAGGAUGAGGAGUAUGGAGAUGGCUGUGUGAGCGGGUUCAGGUCGGUGGAGGAGCGCAUCAUCCGGGCGAGCGCGUCCAUCGAGCAGGGCGCCGCCUUCCUGUCCGCCCCGCAGCGGGUGUUUAGCUGGAGGGACUGCGUACACGUCUGCUGCUCUCAUCCGCACUGCACGACCGCCAUCAUCCAGGAAGACCUCAAGCAGCCGGACGAGAGUUUACGCUGCUAUUUAUUUAACUGCUCGUACCGGGGCAGAAAUGUGUGCUCGUUUUCGUUCCAGCCGGGAUUCAGCUCCUACAGUUGGGCGAACGACAGCUCUGGACCGCAUGAGCCCACCCGGAGCCCUGAGUCAACUGACCAGCCCAACACACCAGCCAGAGGGCCUUCAAAUGAGAUGGAUCAGGAGAACUCCUUAAUGCAGGGUUUGGACGAGCCACCUCGCAGUGACGCAGGACAGGACUUGGUGGUUCAGCUGCCGACAGACUGGGCGGUGCUAGAUGGUAGAGAUAGCACUGAUGAUCAUGACAUCACACAUUAUGAAUGGACUCUGGUUAAAGGAGACCCCUCGGUUAACAUGAAGGUGACUCACCAGGGCCUGCUGAAACUCAGUGGUCUCAGAGAAGGAGUUUACACCUUUCAGAUGACUGUCACUGACACAGCUGGACAGAAAAGCUCUGAUAACGUGUCUGUCAGUGUGCUUGCACCCGCACCAAAUGCAGAAGUGUGUACAGGUCACUGUUCUCGGUAUCAGUUCAUGUGUGAUGAUGGCUGUUGUAUUGAUAUUGGUUAUGCCUGUGAUGGAAAGCAACACUGCCCUGAUCGAUCUGAUGAAGACUUCUGCCAAAACUCUGAUACUGGUCAUAUGUCCAGCCCCCCCUCUAAACAUAGACCAGAUAUACAAACUGAAAAAGCAGCCCAGAAGCCUGCAGAAAUACAAAUAUCUGAUAUCCCUCAUAAACCUGAACAACACCAACAUUAUGGAAUAGGCAUCCAAGAUCUCUGUGCAGCUCCUCCAGUGGUCGGCCCAUGUAAAGGUGUUUUCCCACGUUGGUAUUAUGAAUCUGCAGCAGGAGAGUGCCUACACUUCCUUUAUGGCGGCUGCAAGGGAAACCACAACAACUUCCUGCAGAAAUCUGAUUGUGUGAAUGAAUGCAUCCAGACUCCAUCAGUAACAAAACAGCAGAUCUCUGCAGCUCCAUCACCCAGCAUGAAAACAUACACAUCUCCCUUUGCUGCUGUCUACAAGGGAAAAAUGCAGUAUCCUCUCAUAGACUCAGAGAAUUCACUGCUAUCUAAAGCACAUCACAUGCUGGAAGGACACCCGCCUCCCGAAUCAGGUGCGAUCUUACCCCUAACUCUGGGUCUGAUCAUCAGUGCUCUGCUCUUGCUAAUGGUGGUGUGCAGACUUUGGCUUGUACGUCGCAGACUGAAAAAAGCACUGCCUCUCACCACAGAAGAGUCUGAUUACCUCAUCAAUGGCAUGUAUCUGUAGUAGGACAUCCACCUGCCAAUCAACCCUCCAAGCAGCUACAUCGGUGGUUCUCAAUUGGACACUGUAUUUACAAUGGACAUCAAGUAGCGACCCAACACAGUACUAAAAUAGUUUAUCGAAAUGUAUUGAUAUCACCAACUGAACAGUCCUAACAAUAAGCAAUAGCUAAUGACCAAUAACUACUCCACCGCACACCAAAAAUUGUUGUCAGCACAGACCAUAUUUAUUAGCCACAAGAUGUAAACAUUAUGUAUGCUAGCAUAAUUUAUGUGUGAUAAAAUCUCUGUUCUAAAUGAUUUUAUUGUGAUUAAAUUGCUUAAGAGUACAUCAUUAUGGCAGCAAAGUUCCAAUUUUGGACUAACUUUUCCCUGAUAAAUGUAAAUGUAAAUGGUUUUAUCACAUUCAAAUUAUGUUAACAAGUAUAAUGUUUACAUCUUGUUGCUAUACUUUUGAAAUGGUAUCCCCUAUACCCCCAACCCCCCUUUUUUUUCUUUAAAUAAACAAGGUGCAAGUCAAAAAUAAAUAAAUUGUGCCAAAACAACAUUAUGCCACAAAUGCAGCCGAUUGAGCUUAACUUCUAUUGAACCCGGAACAUUCCUUUGAUAAUCCUGUUUAUUUUGCUAUCUUCAUAACUACUCAGCAUUUUAUGAUUAGUUGCAUUUUAUUAUUAUUUGCAUUUAGCUUUUUUACCCUGCUAUCUGUGACCCUGUCAGAACAGACAUGCAACCCUUUUUUGGGCCAUGACCAGUGUGCUUCAACAUGUGGUGUAGUUAGUGGAAACACAAGUGGUUCUAUUCUAUUGACUGAUGGUAACUGUUCUUACCAUUGAUUACUACAUUUCCCCUUAAAUACAGACUGAGACAAAGGUCUUAGGCUUAAUCCAUACUCUGUCCGUAUAUGUAUGUGCCUCCCAAAUCAGAGUGUAUUGAAAAUACUGAGAAAGUUUCCUGAAUGGUGUAUCAUUUUCAUUGGAUUUGCACCUGUAGGGUUUUUGGGCUAACAAUCCAAUUGAUGUACUUUUGUACUGACUACAAGUAUUACAAUUUGGAUUCAGCCAGAUAUAUGCUGCAUGAUACCACAAGCUUGCUGGAUUAAAUAUUUUCCAUCUGUAUGACCUUAACCAGAGACUUACUGUAUAACAACAACAACACACCUGUUUGGUGAAUUGGGGUACAUUUCUGACAACUUUUCUCAGCCUUAUUGGAAACACAUUUUGAUUUGUGUCCAGUCUGUGUCCUUAUGUGGCACUGUCAUGACAACAGCUCAGUUCAGUGUGUUCAUAAUGUAUAUCACUGUAGGGAAUACAGGUUUAAUUUAAAGAAGUAUCUUAAGGAGUUCUAAAUGGCAAAUUUACAAAUAAGAAAAAAGAAAGGAUUCUGACAAGAUCUCUCCAGGUUUCCAAAAAUAUGGCCUUAUAUGAGUGAGAACAUCAGGUCAGGGGACUGACAAAGAUUUGAAUGUUUUUAUGGUUUACUGUGAUAUUAAACACUAUAUGUAUCUAUAUAAUCUUCUGUUACUCAGUGUAAUUGUGCUGAAAUGUUUUAAUGUUUUAACAUGAUAAAAUAUUAAUAAUUGUAAACAUCACAUUAUAUUUAAAAAAUAAAAAACUGUAAAUUCCAUUAAAUUUCAGAGCUAUUUGAGUCUAAUGGUUGUUGUCAGACAGUGAGUAAUCACAUUUUGAAUGCAAUUGUGAAUUUAGGAGAGGGGUGUCCAAAUGUUUUCUUUUGGGGUGCCAGAUGCAGAAAAAAUUAGGAGUCGCAGUGCUGCAUGGGGGGUUAUAUGGUAUUUAGGUUGCCUCCUUUACAUUACCUUUAUCUUGUACGCUUAAUGUGUGAGUUUUAAUCACACUUUGUGCUCUGUGCUUUGCUUGAAAAGUUAAUGUGUUAAUAAAGGAUAAUUUACUC